GCCAGAAACCCUCUUGCCGCCUUCUUCCACUGAAGGAGGUAACGUCAUUGAAAUGGCUUCUGCUAUUGAAAUCCCAGAACCCAUCACCGAGAACCCACAAACCAAAGGUCAAGAUUCAGCUCCGGAAGCACCUGAAACUGCCGAUGGACAGGACUUGUCGAUUAAUCCUCCAACGUCGGAUGAUGCCAACGCCAGCGAGAAAUCCAUGGUGUACGCACAUGGUGAGGAGGAGCUGCGGCCGCGGCCAGAUAAUUCCUGGGACCCGACGUCUGAGAUGGCCAAGAAAGUCAUGGAAGUGGAUAAUGGGGAGAAAUGCGUGGUGAGGGAAGAGGAGGAGGUUCUGAUGAUGGAGAUGGUUGAGGAUGGUGAUGGUGAAGGCGUUGGUGAUCCUCAGUUUAGCAAGUGCUUGGUGCAUCUGCCGAGAAAGUGGCACUCGGAUAAUUUGAGAAAGUUUCUCAGUGAUCAAAAGAAGAAGAAGAAAGGCAUGGUUGUAGGUCUUGUGAGUUUUGAAAGUGCAGAACAGCUGCAAACUGCAAUGCAGAUAUGUAAUGCUCCCUCUUUGUCAAAAUCAGUGAUUGAUAAACUUGUUUUAACUAUUGUAACUGCAAUGGAAUUGGAAACGCCUCAAAAUUCUAAACAAACCAUGGAAGUUGCAUCAGAUAAAGAGAAAACAGAUGUAUCUACCACUUCUAAUGAGGUUGAAGUUGUCACUACAAAUGAUGAUGCUUCAGCUUCAAGGGCAAAAUUUGCAUGUGAUGCAGUGACUCCCCUUGCUCAUAUGUCUUAUGAUGAUCAGUUGGAGCACAAGAACCCUGUCCUCCAGAUGCUCAAAAAACUUGUUAGAAAGACCUCUUAUUUUCCUACAAGAAAUGCAUGUAAAGCUUGUCCUAAUGGUGUCUCACUUCCAGAGUGGAUUCUUAAAUCUAAGGAGAUAGCUGUGAUUUUCCAUAAAUUUUCUACAAUGCCACUCUCUAGGUAUUCUUCCAUUGAUAUGAGAACAGCAGGGAUUCUUAUGGCUGUCCUUUUCCUGAACUUGCUUGUGCAGGAAACUUCAGAGCGGUUGACAGCAGUCAAAGAACCUACAGACUGCCCAAAUGUUUUAACAAUUGCAUGCAAAUAUGCUUCAAUCUUCCAGGAGUAUCUACAGGGAUCAAGCUUACCAAACUGGAAUAGAUUUAAAAAUACAGGAUUCUGGCGUCAGUUAACAGUCCGUGAAGGAAGAUCAGCCGGAAAGAGCCCUGAAGACAAUUCUGAGGCCAAUUUCUCAGAGGUCAUGCUUAUUGUUCAAGUUUCUUCCUUUAGCUUUGAUGAUGUCCAAAUAACCAGUGAACUCAAGAGACUAGCUCAUGCCUUUAGAGUGGGUGCUACUGCUAAUAAUCCCAUUCUACCUCUGACUGCUUUGGUUGUUCAGGAUCACCAAGGAAUAUCAAAUGUAGCACCAGCUGAUGCUCCACUGCAUUUGUUGCCCAUUCCAGGUGCAGACAGUGGGCCUGAACCGGUUACUAUUGGGAAUGCUGUAGAAGCAAGAAUUCAUGAUUAUACAAGCAAUCUUCAAUUUUCUAUAUCUCCAACAGCAUUUUUCAGGUUAGUUUGAUAGGAUGUCAGAUGGUUGUGUUUUUAUCUUGUUCAGCCAGGUUCUUUUACUCGGUUAUUCUGGAAAUUUUGUGACUGGC